AUGGCUUAUAUUGCCAGGUCAUACCGCCCUAGGGUCGUCCUAGCCUCGGAUUCGCCAAACGACUCAGACUUCCAAGUCCUAGACGUUAUAGAUCAAGAUCACGUGAUUAAGAUUUAUAAUAUUUACAACGAAAAGCACCAAUUACCCGAUUCGGACACCUAUACGCUAGCUAGGGACUUUAAUGCCCACAACCCGUGGUGGGACCCCCUAUACGAGGCACGUGACGAAGAAGGCAAUACGCUAGCAGACUGGAUCGACUACCACGAUUUAGCCCUCCUAAAUACCCCUGGUAUUGGCACCUUCCACCGCCCCCACAUGCAGAGGCCAACGAAUAUCGACCUUACGCUAGCGCAUCGAUCCAUAGCCAAUCACAUUCAGGACUGGGCUAUAGUGGAUGAUAUAGGCUCGGACCAUUUUGGGAUCACAUUUACUAUUAACGGUUCCCGAAUAGGGCUAGCGGAUCCACAAACCACCCGUUUCGACACAAAACGGGCAGAUUGGACCAAAUUUGGGGAAAAACUUUUCUGCCAGCUGUCACCGCUCCAAAAUGAGCUACAGGCCUAUAGCUACAUUUUAAGCUCCAAUUCAAGCUUAAAAAGCUUAGAACAAAUCGACGUAAAACGCAGCUACGAAGCAACCCUAGACCGUCUAGACGAUAUGGCGGAACGUUAUACUAGCGCCAUUUUAUACGCUGCACACGAUGCCAUACCCCAAAUCCGGUUAGCGCCACACGCUAAGCCUUAG